CACCAAGCCAGUCUGUACCAAUACUGCCUGUAGCGCUUGUCAAAAGCCGGUCAGUGCGUAGUAUCGAAUAUGUUUUAGCACACUCGUGUGCUAUCAAACUGAAAUUAAAGUGCAUUUAUUAUCCGUCGUGUAACCUCAUCUAGCCUGGAAACACCAGUGUUGAUUAUCGGUUAGUUAUUGAUCAAGCCCUCCGCCCUGCACCUCUCAUUGAAAGGACACCGAUCUGGAUUAUUUGUAUCUACAGAUGUUUCGUCUACUAUAAUGCAAGAUGCGUGCUGGUGCUCGGAAAAGGCUGCUCGACUGCUCAUUACUUGUCCUUUUAACCGCCUCCACCUACUGAAAAUAAUCGUAAACCGCUGAAAAUCGUUAAUAUUUUGGGGUGAAGAAUGACAGAAUAUAAGCUUGUGGUGGUGGGUGCUGGAGGCGUGGGCAAGAGCGCUCUCACUAUUCAACUCAUCCAGAACCACUUUGUGGAUGAAUACGACCCAACCAUAGAGGACUCCUACAGAAAGCAGGUGGUGAUUGACGGGGAGACAUGUCUACUGGACAUCUUGGACACUGCAGGUCAGGAGGAGUACAGCGCAAUGAGGGACCAGUACAUGAGGACAGGGGAGGGAUUCCUUUGUGUCUUUGCCAUCAAUAACACCAAGUCCUUUGAGGACAUUCACCACUACAGAGAGCAGAUAAAGCGAGUAAAGGACUCUGAGGACGUCCCAAUGGUCCUGGUGGGGAAUAAGUGUGAUCUUCCAUCCCGCAGUGUGGACACCAAGCAGGCUCAGGAUUUAGCACGUAGCUACGGCAUUCCAUUUAUAGAGACCUCAGCAAAGACGAGACAGAGAGUGGAAGAUGCCUUUUAUACUCUGGUACGGGAGAUCAGGCAAUACCGGCUAAGAAAACUCAAUAAAGAAGAAAAGACGACACAAUGCAUCAAGCUUAAAAAAUGUGUUUUGAUGUGAGAGGGGGCGUGGACGACGCGUUUUAUACUUUAGUCCGAGAAAUCCGGAAACACAAGGAGAAGAUGAGCAAAGAGGGCAAGAAGAAAAAGAAGAAAUCCAAAACAAAAUGUGUAUUAAUGUGAACAAGCCUUUCCUGUCAUUAUGGACUCCAAAAAAAAAAAAAAGAAAGAAAAAAGUUCCACAACUGCAUUUUGUACAUUACACUAAAUUAUUAGCCUCUUCAGAAUACAGAAUGGAUCCCUAAUUCUACUUGCUUUCUUAAAAGAAAUAAGCUUUACUUCUCGUUUGGUGCCAGUUGCCCCAAAGUGUUGGUCCCUUGACACCUUGUGUGGCUUAUUUUAUCGGGUGGGCUGUCAGAACUGGUUUUAUUUUGCAGUUGGUUUAUCUAGAGUAGUUUUAUAAAGGUGUGGAUUUAAAAGCAUUCUUUUGGUGUGCUAUAUGAGAACUAGCCGUUUAGACAGGAAAUUUGCAUGUGAGUCGCUUGAUUUCACAGGAACUGAAACUUUGAGGAAUUAUUUUUGAGGACCAACACUUUCUGGGGGGCGUUUUGAUACAUUAUCACUGUGUAUGACCUGCCUUUGGAUGUCCCAGACUUUCAAAAACCACCUGCAUGUGAACUUCCAUUGUAGUCGGAUUAACGCGCCCUCUCUCUAAAGCCAUGGGUAAUGUAUAUAUGGUGAAAUCUUAACCACGUUAACCUUAUUUCCCUGUUUGCAUGCUGUGUUCUGUUCUUUAAACUUCCAGGGAACGGUAAUGCGUUAAACUGUAUAAUAGCCACUGUUGUGUAGAGAGGAUUUUCUCAGCUGGUCCGAACUAGCCAUUAUGAAUUUUAUUAUAUUUUCAAUUAAAUUUUUUUUUUUUUUUAUAUAAAUACUUUUACCUCAGUUAAUUUAGAGACUGUUUGGUGAUAGCAACUCCAUCUAAAAUCUACAAUAAUUUCUCAGUGCACAGGAUUGUGUUAAGGGAAAAUGUACAGUAACAAAAAAUAAGGUAAAUAGGAUCUAGACACAAAAUUAGAUUAUGUAAGAAGAAAUUGCAGCCUAAUAAAAAAAAGACAUCAAAUGGUCAAUUAUACUUUUUUUUUUUUUUUUUUUUUUUUUCAAACACUAUACAGAAAUACAAAGCUGCAGUUGACCAAUCAAGAACUCCAGAGAGUGUGUAAUAACGGUUUGAAACUUUCUUAUCUGUAAGGAUCUACACUAGUGAAAGCCUCCCCUGAAUGCAGAAGUGAGGCUUUUUAUUACGUAUGAAUAUUAACCCUCUUGUGCCCAGCCAAACUGCGCCUUAGAAGUUUGAAUAAAUUUUUUUUUUUUUUUGGCUAAGGGGCCGUUUACACGACACCAUUUUCAACUGAAAAUGGAACUUUUUAUGCGUUUUGGCCAUUCAUUUACAUGACAAUGGUGUUUUUCGGGGCCUGAAAAUGCAAACUUUUGAAAAUGUAAGUUUUUGAAAACAAUACUGUAAUCUUCUCCGUGUUUCUUUACAAAGUGACAUUGCCACCUACUGGCCUGGCAGCAUAAUACAGCGUUGUCUCUACGUGGAAAACGGAAGGAAAAACUUCUCCAUUUGUAGUGCAUCAUUGUCGUGUAAACGUACCCUGAAUUGAGAUUAGCAAGUAUAAUGUACUACUAGUUAUUGUGAUGCAAAUGUAUGUGGAAAAAGGAAUAAAACAAAUGCCUUGUUCCUUUCUGCUGCCAUCAGCACAACUAGAAGCCCAUUUAAAAUUGAUUCAAAGCUUUCCAUUGAGCUCAUACUUUUCAAAGAGGCGGUCGUGAUCUAGUAUACUAUGGUAAAAUAUGGUUCUAGCUACGAGGGCAAAUUUCAGCCAUCACUCAAACCAAAGAGAGUGAUAUAAAGAUUUAUUUUGUGUGGCAAUACUUGUGAUGUCAUGAGAUGAUGUCAUUUCCAAUAUACAAGCAGAAUGUUGCUUUAAAACCUUCAGUGAGCUGUUUUACCAUGCUUCCUUAACCUUUACUAGUUUUGCUUUUCUGAUCAUUGCUUUUCUGAUCAUUUGACUGUAUGACUAAUAUCGAGAAAUCUAAAUGCUAAAUAAAUCAGGACGUCCGCUCUUAUGCAAAGUAAAAGUAUUUUAAGUAAUUUCUGUUCCCUUUUAAAGUAAUUCAUUUAAUAGCAGUCUGUAACGCAAGUAGCGAAGUCAUUAGAUAUUUCUUGAAUCAUUUCUGAAAUGUUCUCUGUCUGUUUGUGUGCCAAUUGCAAAUGUUGAUAAAAUGGUUCAUGUAUAUACUGUAUGGACCUUGUUUUAACAGCCUUUGUACGGUUGUGAUAAGAAAGAUGAAUAUUUUGUAAAUUGUGCUUAUUUUUUGGUUUAAUGAAAUGAAUGACACUUAAUUGUAAUUAAGGGUCACGUGUUAACGUCUGAGAAAGUGCCGAUCUGAGGUCAUCUUCUGCCUCUCAUGUGAUGAUUAGGAUGGAAAAAGCUGUUCUCAGAUCAGCACAGUUUUAUAAAUGCAACCCAAUCCUGUUUUUCCCCAUUAAUCUCAAGUCUUAUUUAAUGUGUAAUUAAAAGAAGUACAUAAAACCCA